AUGGACAACCGCACAGCCCCUGACGCGCCUGUGAAGGAGAAGCGCACCAAGGGCUACGUCAAGUUCAAGGAGUUAACGGUCGACCGGGAGACAUGGGACGCGCUGGUGCCGUACAUGGAGGACGCGACCGUGGAGAAGGUUCGGGUACACCACAGCGAGGAUGGGGCAAAGGUGUACACCUUUGAAGCUGGCUUAUCGAACAGUGAAAAAAAUAUGAUCAUGAGGGCAUUAGGGCGUGAGACAUGGAAGCAACCGGAGGAGCUCGGGAGCGACCAGUGGAUGGUCUGCCAGAGAACUGUGCUGCUCAUCCAUGAGCUGAAGAAGAGUAAAAUGUGUCCCAUUACAGGGAGAGAUCAGACCCUGGACGCGUGGCACACCAUGAUGAUCUACAUGGUCCAAAAUUUGUAUUCUGCAGAGCACCGUUUUGGUGGUUUAUGGGCCACCAUUACAGUUCAAGUCUUAACCCAGUUUAGUGCCCAGAUUGGACAGCCCUGGAAAUGGGUGUGCCAGUUGGACACCAGGGCCAAACUUUCGAUCGGUGACAUCCAGAACAUGCAUGACAUUACGGUGAAACUGACAGACCAGUGGUUCGUGUCGGAUUUCGGGCGGCGCAUGCCCAGGAAGCUAAGAGGCAAUUGGAUCAUCCCUCAUCAUGUCAAAUUGAGAGUAAAAAUCAAGGAAGCUACCGCUUUCAUGUCUGCUAUGUUUAAGCUGGAUUUUAAAAUUCCAGCUAAUGAUAUGGGAAUAAAGAUUCAUGAUGGUGAUUACGCUGCUCUCGGAGAUUUUCAGAAUGGUCUCGAAAUUUACCUUCAAGACAAUGGCCUGAAUGACAGGGGACACAGUCCAGCUGAUGCGGUGGAGGUUAAAGGAACCGGCGAUAAUGGCCAAGUGACCGCUCAUCAGUCAGUCACUUUUGCUGCCGUACAGCUACCAGGGGCACCUGCCAGGGAUGCUAUUGAUGGGUUAUUAAACAGAAAAUUCCAGAGCACAGGUAAUCUGCUGCCAUCUGGGGCCAUUAUGCAUAAAGAGACUGGCUUAUUAUGGCAUGCGUUUCCUGCAUUGAACAUG